UUUGAAAUGAUUGAAAAAAUGCAGAGAAGUCGUUUGGAUGAGCAGAGAUGUUCACUUCCAGCCCCACUUAAGAGAGAAGAAGAGUAUAUUCCAUACCCCAGCAUCCAGGAGGUGUUACGGAGAGGGUGGCCCUACCCUCUUAUUAUCUUACCCCAGUUUGGGGGCUACUGGAUCGAAGGGACCUGUCACAGCUUGCCCAGUUCAGGCCCAGAAUUCCACGACUUGCCCUCCCCUUGCAGUGGCAAAGUGAAGCUGGAGUGUGACCCAACUGCCAAGCUGUACCGCAAGCACUUCCUGGGGAAGGAGCAUCAGAACUUUUAUGCCAAUGACACGACUUUAGGCAACCUUGUCCUUUCAGUGAAGUAUGAACAAGUUGAAAGGCAAGAAAACCUCCGCCUGCUUUUGAGGACUCGAACCGGUACCAAGCAUGACCUCAUCCCUAUUUCCUGCCUGAAUGAAUUCCCGAAUGCUGUCCAGAUGGCAAAGUUGCUCUGCGAAGAUGUGAAUGUCGACCGUUUCUUCCCAGUGUUGUACCCCAAGGCUUCCCAGCUCAUUGUUGCCUUUGAUGAACAUGUCAUCAGCAAUAACUUCAAGUUUGGGGUUAUCUACCAGAAACUUGGACAGACCACAGAGGAAGAGGUUUUCAGUAAUACAGAGGAGAGUCUCAGCUUCUUAGAGUUUUUGGAUCUUCUUGGAGACAGGAUCCAGCUUCAGGCUUUCCGUGGCUUCCGAGGUGGCUUGGAUGUUACAAGAGGUCAGACAGGAACUGAGUCCAUCUACACAAAUUUCCGGGGCAAGGAGAUCAUGUUCCAUGUCUCUACGAAAUUGCCCUUUACUGAAGGAGAUGCCCAGCAGCUUCAGCGGAAGCGCCACAUUGGGAAUGAUAUUGUGGCCAUUGUUUUCCAAGACGAAAAUACGCCCUUUGUCCCCGACAUGAUUGCAUCCAACUUCCUGCAUGCUUACGUCGUGGUGCAGCUCCAUCACAGCCCCCUUGGGGAGACUCUCUACAAGGUUUCUGUUACAGCCCGUGAUGAUGUCCCUUUCUUUGGACCCCCUCUCCCAAAUCCAGCCAUAUUCAAAAAGGGCACAGAAUUCCGUGAAUUUCUCUUGGCAAAACUUAUCAACGCAGAGCACAGUUGCUUCCAUGCUGAGAAAUUUGCUAAGCUAGAGGAGCGCACCCGCAGCGCCCUUCUGGAGAGCCUGUUCGAGGAGCUGCAGGUCCGCAGCCGCAGCAUGAUGGGCUGGGCCUCUGGGGAAGACGACAAAAUGGAGAAUGGAGGUGGUGGAUUCUUUGAGAACUUCAAGCGAGUGAUCCGAGGCCGUAGCCAGAGCCUGGACACUAUGGGGAUAGCCAUGAGGAAGCAGCAGCAGCAGCAGCAGCAGCAGCCAGCAACUCCACCCAACCGCCCGGCUACUGCCAGCCUUGCUCUCAACCAGAGCGUCGCUGAGGGCCCCAAGGCCAUUGCUGCGUCUUUUGCCCUGCCUGGGAGAAGCCCAUCACGCAACCGAGGCCGCUUCCAUGGGCGCCGCAGUAGCGCCAUCGGCAUCGAGAACAUCCAGGAGGAGAAGAGCAAAGAGGUCGGUGACAGGAUACAGAAAGUACUGGAGAGUCCAGGGCCCUUUUGUGAUCUCAAGUCUGAUGGCUCCUCCAGCCCCAGUUCCCCAGAGUUCCCAAACAGGAAGAGCAAGGUGCUCCCUGGUCAGGCGUCAGGGUACUGGGCCAUGCAUCCCCUGUCCCGUUCUUCAUCGAACGUGAGCAGCUGCUGCAGUGGAGUGAGAGAGAACGAAACGUCGGAGGAGGAGAACGAGGCGGAGUUGAUGUGUUCCCUUGAAGGUCCCCAUAAGCAGGACUUGAUGGCCCAGAGUGCGUGGCUGGAGGAUACCGCGGCCUGUACACCCAGCAGCACCAGUUCACCAGUCACUCGGCUGCUCCCUCCGGCCAGCACCGCCGGGUCCACCGAGAAGGGGGAAAACGGCAAAGUGGAUGCUCAGCGUUACAGUCCAGCCUCCAUUUUGUGCUGUGUGUGAUGUCAUCGCUGGAGGGGUGUCUCAGUGCAUGCUGGGUAAUUCACAGGAAUUUCUGCCAAAAUAAGAUCUCUUGGCAACUGCUCAGUCUGAAGGUCAGAGAACCAAAUGCCCAAAAAAUCACUGACCUGGCCCUUCCUUGACAAAUGGGUACCGACACCCACCACACCAUCCUCCGUGGCAUCCGCUCACCCAUUUGUGUCAUUCCUGUUUGGCAACCUCAGAAGGCCAGGACCCGCCUCCGCCCACAGAGGGAGCCUCCCAUCAGCCAUAGCUGAGAAGCAGCCAUGUCGGGAGCGCCCCGGUCUGUUCGCUCCGAUUCCUGCUACGAUGGUGAAUCCAAAAUCCAACACAGGAGGACUCUGCUGUGGAGCAGGCCCUUCCCAGGAAAGUGGCAACAGGAUCCAGUGCAGAAUUCCACUCCAUCGCUUCCAUCUGGUUUGUGAAUGAAUGAUUCGUAAUGUACCAUAGGGAGAGCACCACAUUGUGUGGGGCAGUAGGAAAGUUGUGCAUCCACUUCAUCACGCCCAGGGUCUCCCCAGGUCUUUGUUUGGGAUUUCACUAUACCACCCUCCCAUUCACACCUCUUCUUCCCCGAGUAUAUGUGCCGUGAAGCAGCAACCACCUGUAAAUGUGAAUCUGUGACCCCUCACUCCACGCUUGUUGUGUCUGUGGUAUCUUGGGCUUGCAAUAAAAAGACAACUGU